AUGGUUUUCGAAGACGAAAGCAGUGAGGAGACGUCCAGCCUGCCGUACAUGCACUCGACCUCAUCCACGGACAGGCUUAACCAGGUCCCUUUCAGCGUUGAAGAUCCAGAUUACCAGGGGCUUGAGCUGGAAACGAUGUCGCCAUGUGAGAAGCACGGGAAGGCAUCUGAGAGGCUUGUCGCAUUUGAAGGAACAGACACAGGGAGAAGGUUCUUAGCAUGUGCAGAGCCGGAAGGGCAGAAUUGUGGGUUUAUUGAAUGGGUUGAUCACCAGUGGCCCCCAACAAUGCAAAAUGCAUUGUUGAAGCUGUGGGCAAUGGUUGAAGAUAGCAGGAGUGCUAGGGUGAAUGAUAAUCUUGAAAGUCCUUUCACUAUCCACCAUCUGACAGAAGAGAAGAACAAGUUGGAGGCCAACUAUGACAAGCUAGUCCAAGAUGUGCAUGAGCUUAUGAGCUUCCAGGAGGAGAGGGUGGUGGAUUUCAGACAUCUGUAG